AUGCUUGCACCUUACCGUUUGCAGGAAAUGUCACAUGAUGAUUGUUGGUUGUUGUUCUUGCAUCAUGCUUUUGGUGUUCGAGGCAUGGAGAUGAAUCUGAGACCGAAAGAAAUUGGAGAAGAGAUCGUUAAGAGGUGUAAAGGCUUGCCUUUAGCUAUCAAGACUUUAGGAGGGUAUAUGUUUAACAAGAAAGAUCUAGUCUUGCUGUGGAUGGCAGAAGGGUUCGUGCAGCCAAUGGCGCAGAUAACUAUGGAGGAAGUGGGAAAUGGAAAUUUUACUGAACUGCAAUCGCGGAGAACAUGUAUUCAGCUGGAGGAAAAUUGGAAAUGCAGACUUUAUGAGAAUUGUGAGAAGGCUCGUUAUUUCUCAUGCAUUUGUAGUAAAUACGAUGUCUUCAGAAAGUUUGAAAUGCUUAGUGAAAUUAAGCGUUUACGCACAUUCUUACCUUUAGCAUCAUCAGAAGGAGCUGAAUUUUGCUAUUUAACAAAGAAGUCAAUCAGUGAUCUUUACAAUCUACAAACGUUGCUACUACGCAACUGUUAUUAUCUCAUUGAGUUGCCUGCUGACUUGGGGAAACUGCUCAAUCUUCGUUACCUUGAUGUUAGUGGAAGUGGUUUACAAAAGAUCUCGCUUGGUCUGGACAAAUUGUUCACAGUAGAUACUAAUAGCGGUGGUACAUUCGAUCAAGAAAGUAAAGGUUCUGGUCUAGGUGCUUUGAGUAUCUUGUUUCACCUUGAGGGUUCACUUUCAAUACUGAAUUUGGGAAAUGUGGAUAACAUUGGGAUGCGCACGGAGCUAAGUGAUAGUUUUGAGGACUCGGAGAAGGCUAGAAUGGAAACUGAUGUUCUUGAGCUGUUAAGACCCCAUCAUAAUAUAGAGAAGGUUACGAUCAAGGGCUACAGUGGUACACGACUCCCUACUUGGAGGGCGAGUCCUUCAUUCCACAAGCUGGUUUCGUUGAGUUUAAUCAACAGCAAAGGCUGUCGAUUCCUACCGUCACUUGGUCAGCUUCCUUCACUCAAAAAUCUCAUGGUUAAAGGACUAAGAAUGGUAAAAAGCAUCGGUGAUGAGUUUUUGGGCUAUACUUCAACCAUAUUGACCCCUUUUGCAUCUUUAGAGACUCUAUCCUUUACGGAUAUGUUGGAAUGGGAAGAUUGGUUACUCGGUUAUGAUGGAGAUAGAGAAGCAUUCUGUAAUCUCUUGGAGCUUCACUUGGAAGAGUGUCCUAAACUGCGGGGAGAAUUACCUGACGUCCUUCCUUGUCUAGUAAAGCUUGUGAUUUGCGAGUGUCAACAACUGGAUUCUUCUCUUCCGCGACUUCCACAACUAAAUGAGUUGGACUUUAGGAGUUGUCAUGUUAGGUUGAUUAGCAGCCCGCGUGAGGUAACAAAACUCACUUCAUUACAACUGUCUAAUCUUUCAAAUGAAUAUCUACCUGAAUGUUUCCUAGCAUCGCUUCGGCAUCUGGUGAUUAGGCAUUGUGAAUUAGUAGUGUCCCUUUUCGAGGAAGGGCAGAAUCUGCCUCGCAGAUUGGAGUAUGUAGAACUGGAGAACUGUCAUACUCUGGAGAAGUUACCGUCGUUACUUCAUACUUUAACAUCCCUUGAAGGAAGAUAUUUCCUUCUAACUUUAAAGCCCUUGCCAUUCAAGGAUGCAGUGUUUGAGUCUUUACCUGAAGUUAUGAUGAACAGUAUCUUAUCUCUCGAGUAUUUGUCCAUCCACGGGUGUUUAAUGCUAGCUUCUUUUCAAAGAGAUAGUGAGUUGCUUCCAACCACAUUUCAGCAUCUGAAAAUCGAGAAAUGCCCGAAUCUGGAGUUUCUGCCUGAAGGGAUGAUGCACAUCAACGAUACAUCUCUCAAAGUAUUGGAGAUUUUCGAUUGUUCUUCUAUAUCAUCAUUCCCUGGAGGCCAACUGCCAGACACUUUGGAAACACUCACAGUUUGGAACUGCUUCAAUCUCGAGGCAUUACCUGAUAUCAGAACCGAAACAAUGCUUCUUGAAUCUUUACGAGUUGGGAAGUGUACAAGUCUGAAACACUUACCUUAUGGCUUGAACAAGCUGUUGAAUCUAAGUUAUUUUGAAGUUGACGGUUGCCAUGGUAUCGAAUGCUUUCCUCUAGAUGGCCUUCCACAAAACCUUACAAAAGUACUAAUCAUCGACUGUGAGAAUCUGAUGUUCCUUCCAAAGUGGAUGCAGAAUCUUACAUCUCUUCAAGAACUUCUGUCCAUUAAUCACAUCUUUCACCGAGGGCGGUUUUCCUACUAG